AGCAAAUCACAGAGCUCUCAAAUUCGCGGUCGCGACACCAUCAUCCCGAGACGGCCAGACGUGCCCGGCGGUGGUUUGCAGCUCAUCUCAUCCCUCAGGGCGUCGUCGUGAACUUUGAGCCGACUUGGGUGCGUGCGGGUGGCCACUUUCAUUGAUACUCAAGAACCAGCUGCAGCUCCCAGUCUCAGGGUCGGGGUCAGUGAGCAGACAGCAGAGGAGGUGGAGGCGCACGGUGAUUUAUGCUCUUCCGCCACAUGCUUUCGCUUGCAUCGGAGUUGCGCUAGCUUCCGUGGCGUUCAACCACGAUCAAAGAACUUGUUUGGUCCCAGUUAUUCAUGUGAAUCGCAGUCGUGCUGAUUCUGGUUCGAGUUGCCGAAGUUGGGCCAGGUUCAGGUCAAGUCGUCGUGAAGAGAACCAGAAGGUGGCCGGCCUGGCCUGGUGUGUGGUAGAGUAUUGUGUAGUGUGCCUGUGAAAUGUGCCAAAAUAGACAGGGGUACGAUCUGUUUAUUUUCAUCAUCUCGUAAUAUAAUAACAACAUGUGUUCCGCCGGCCGAAGCCAGGAUCAACAGUGAAGUGGCUGUAAAUGAUCUCGGGUGUGGUGUCUGUCUAAGGUGUGCGAGAAAAUGGCAAAAGUGAUAUAGUACACUGAAGAGUUCAGAAGGUGGGAUCGCUCAGGGCAUAAGUGAUUACCCAGUGGGGCUUUAGAACUGCUGCUGCUGCUGUUGGUGUACCUUGGCAGAACAGUACCGGGAAACGGAACUCGCGUGUACCUGGAUGCUACAAAUUAAACAAGUCCCGCAGCAGCAUCCGACGUAUUUCUGAAGAGCGGGAAGAUUUUAAUUGGCGCAAAAGUUCAAACGGUUACGGCGAAGAUGAACCGGUGUUGCUGACACCGGGUUGGUUGAUUUGGUCGCGAAAGCCGCGUGGUAUGACAUAAAUUCGGCCGUUGCGCGAUAGUGAACAGAUCGACAGCAGGUGAUGUCGGCCGCGGACAGGCGCAGUAAUUUAAUUAAAUCCCAGUGCGAUACUAUCGUGUCGGGCUCGGCGAUUGAUUUGCUCGCGAUCACGAGUGACGACGACGAUGGUCGCCAGGAGCACGAGGAAGAUCAGGGUAGCGGCGUGAUCAAAAAUAGCUACCACACGUUGUCGGUCAGUGGAACGCGGAACGAGGACCAUCACAGCAAGACCAUCAACGCACGCCGCCGGUGGAAGCUGCUUGCCAAGGCGCUACGCCACGACUCAAGUGAGGAUGAUCAAUUUUCAAAGUUCAACCUGAUCGAGUUUGAUCGGGCGGGCGAUGAGAAAGACGAAAAUAUCUUCGUAUACCGUUUGGCCGACCGGUACCGGCUGAAGAUUCGAUUGAUCGGUGAACGACCUUGGACGGCCAGCGAGCUGAUGGGAUUCAACAAUACCGGCAAUAUCUGUGUGUGGCCCUCGGAAGAAGCCCUGGCCUAUUUCAUACUGUCCAGGCUGAACAUAUUCGAAAACACCAACGUACUCGAACUGGGCGGUGGAAUGACCUGCCUGGCCGGUCUCAUACUCGCGAAGUACGGACUCCCUUCGUUUGUCCACGUUACCGACGGAAACGAACUCUCCGUGGAAAACGUUCGGAAAUCACUCAACCUGAACAAAUUUAACUGCACCAUCAAAACGUCCGUACUCAAGUGGGAAUCCGUAGGAAGUGAUCACGAUGCGAACCACCCGGAACGAGCCCGUUACCAGUUCAUUCUGUCGGCGGACUGUCUCUUCUUCGACGAAUCCCGGUCGCACCUAAUCGAUGCCAUCUGGCUGUUUCUGGCCGACGAUGGGAUUGCGCUCGUUACGGCACCCCGUCGGGGUCACACUCUCACCCACUUCCUGAACGAGUGCGUGGCCAAGGGCUUCUACUACGAGCUGCUGCACUGCUACAACGAGGCGAUCUGGAACAAACAUCUGGAGCUGAUCAAGACCGAGGGCUACGACGAGAACAUCCACUACCCGCUGCUAAUAAAAAUGUACAAAAAAGAUUACGACCUGGACCACGCCUGAUGGCAGCCCGGCACCAGCAGCAGCAAAUUCCAAACCCUACUUAACAAAAAUGAAACGAGUUUUGCGAUCUCAUGGCACCAAUCAAAACUCCGUCGACGGUAGUUCAAGUGUAGUGUAAUAGAAAAAAAGGGAUUGAAGCAAACUAAACGCUUACGUAUUUUGUGCAAAUCAGUGCAAAUCUAGUCAUUAGUAAACCAACAAAUACACUCUAGUCAAUUGUUCACAAAAAUGCGAUACGCAGGGUUGCGAUUAUUGGAAUAUUGUUGUUGUAGUAAGACUUAGGUAGUUGGUUUAACUUAAUAAUGUAGGAGUGAACAUUUGAGGACAGGAUAGAAAAAAACUCAUUUGACUGAAUGGUUGUUGAGAUGAAGAAAAAUGAAAAUUAGUUUGUAAUUUGAUGUUUGCUUUCACUUGCUUUGGAACGGACCUAAAGUUAUUUUUAGAAAUAACGUCAUGAUUCUAAUUCCCGGAAGCUUCGAAACCCGGACACCUCAUCUUGUUUUAUCAAUUAUUUGGAUAUAAGUUCCCAUUAUGGAUGUUAAAACUGUGUUAUUUGAUGAAUUCUAACUUCAACAUUAAGCUAAAGUUUGCUUGAACGCUUGAAAAUAUAAUAAAGAGUUUAACAAAAACGCGAAACACUUCACUGAAAUAUUUCAUAGCCGUCCGAAGCACCAGGAAGGCAAAGCAGAAAUUUAAGGUUUUGAUUUCCUUGAGUUCUAGCAAGUUUUUAUAUACAAUAUCGAUUGUUUUGAUGUUAACAGCUCAUUUGAGACAUAAAGAAUGCCAUUCACUAACAUUUCAGUCCAUAUUUGUGCGAUUCAUAAGCAAAAUCGAAUGUCCGGAAUUCGAAGAAAAAGUGUCCGAAUUUCGAAUCAGCUUUUAUU